GUCAGACAGUCCUCGUUGCUAAGGAUGUUAGCUAUUCAAAUUUUUCGCCGAGGUCUUGACGGGAACUCUUUUGAAAAUUUAUUUAGCUUUUAAUGCUGGAACAUGCCCUCGGUUAAAGUUUUUUAUUUAGUGUUAUUAUCAGGACUGGUCCUGUAUUUUCUUCUUUAUAGCUUUCUAGUCAGGAAAUUACCAGCGAUGCCCGUAGUGAAAAUUUAUUUCGAAGAUGAACCACCGAUAACUGAUGUAUAUUCACAACAAUACCUCGCACACGAGAAGUCAAUGGAUUUCGAAAAUGGCAAAAUAGAGGAAAGCAAUCAUUUAGCCCCUCCGCAAGCACAGGAAUUUUAUUUUGAAAGAGAAGAAAAGCCGUCCACCGAAAUUGCAAACGAAAGAGAGCACACGGCUAAAAGAGACAUAUUGCUGUCCUUCCUCGAUGGGCUUGGAAUACCCGUAAACAAGGAGGAAAUGCCUGUUGCAGACAUUUCAAGAAACACUCCACCAUUAGUUAACCCGAGUGGAGUUUCGUUACGAAAAUUAAUGAAGAAAUUUGACGAAGAUUUGAGCCUCGAAGCCGACAAAUCUUGCCCUAUUAGUCACUUAGAUGAAGUUGGUUUGCUAGAAGUUAACAAUAGCUCAGUUAGGCUUGAGGAAGUGGAAAGUGAGCUGGCGUUUGUCAAGAAAGGUGGACAAUGGAGACCUGAUUGUGUGCCAAGAAACAAGGUGGCAAUAGUUGUUCCUUUCAGAGAUCGUAGCGAGCACCUUUACAUUUUCUUGAGACACAUGCAUCAGUUCCUCAGAUGGCAGAUAUUAGAAUACAGAAUCUUUGUCAUAGAACAGGCUGACGGCGAAGCCUUUAACCGAGGAAUGCUCAUGAACGUUGGUUUCAGCGAAGCAGUGAAGGCGGAUGACUUUGCUUGUGUAAUCUUCCACGAUGUCGAUCUCAUCCCCGAAGACGCACGGAAUGAUUAUGGAUGUCCGUCCUCGCCUCGACACAUGUCUACUGCUGUAAGCCGAAUGGAUUACAAGCUACCUUACAAGACCUUGUUCGGAGGAGUGGAAGGCUUCUGGAGCGAACAUUACCGUCUGAUCAAUGGUUUUCCUAAUCGCUUCUGGGGUUGGGGAGGAGAAGACGACGACUUGUAUGUCAGGAUCACAGAGCGACGCCUGAGCUUCACUCGGCCAGCUCUGAUGAUUGGUCGAUAUACCAUGUUACAUCAUUCAAACCAUGAAGACGACAUAAAUCCUAUGAGGUUUGAUGAACUUCGUAGAAGCGAAGCGUCCAUUGAUAUGGACGGUUUAAACACACUUACAUACCACGUGUUGGACUAUCAGGAAAUGCCGCUGUACACAUUCAUAUCUGUAUCUCUGAGAUGAGGCGCGAGUUCACAGCGGCUGUACGCAAAAGUUGUUUGACGCGGAAAUGUUUCAAGAUUAAUGCACAAGAACUUAACGCUUAACUUAACAGACUGUCAAGACAACCGUGGCGCUUAGUGUCAGAGCGUGAAACGAUUUCAGUGAAUGACGUAAGCUGUAAUCCGGGAAGUCUUGUCUUAGUCGUUGCUAAGAAACAAACCAUUUCAGGCAGAAUUCUACACAAGUAGAAAAUGUUUCAGUUUUCUUCACAUAAAAGACAUUUUAAAAUUCUUUCAAAUUAAUGUACAUAGUGUUGCAAUUCAACAGAUGUAAUGAAGUCGAAUUAAAGUAUUUCUUUCAACUAUA